GUCAAGUGCUGCAAAACAAUAUAUGUCGAUUUAAUCUACAAAUAUACUUAUAGUGAACAAUUAAUCUAAUCUGGGCCGAAAGAUACCCACAGGCCUUAGUCAAACGGUUGUGGAGUGUCGCGAACGUGUCAACAUGUACGGAGUGUAUUAAAUAGUUUUGUAAAGUUCUUAAUUGUUAUUAAAAAUGGGUGAAUUACAGAAGAGCGGGAAGAAGGGCUCGCCGUUUUUGAGACAGUUCUUCGUGACGGCGAGUGUGUCGACCAACAUCAUCGCUCACGGUUGCGUCAUCGGGUUCUCCGCCAUCCUACUGCCGAGCCUCCGCCUGCCGGAGUCACACAUCAAGGCCACCGCCAGCGAGGAGUCAUGGAUCGUAUCGAUCGUGGGCUUCGCGCUUAUCACCGGCAACAUCAUCAUCACACCGCUCAUGGACAGCAUCGGGAGGAAGAGGUCUCACCUGAUGACCAUCCUGCCGGUGCUGGUGGGCUGGUUCCUGCUGCUGAUGGUCAACAACGUGGCCGGGCUCAUCGCGGCCCGGUACCUGCAGGGUAUCGCCAUGGGCAUGCUCGGACCUCUAGGAUCCAUCAUCAUCGGUGAAAUGACAGACCCCAGGAACAGAGGAGCCUUCCUAACCUGCGUGUCCCUAUCAUUAACCAUUGGAGUCAUGUUCUGCCAUUCCUUGGGUUCGUUCUUCAGCUGGCAACAGAGCGCACUGAUCUGCUCAUUCAUCACCUUCUUGAGUCUCCUCCUCAUUAUUUACAAUCCCGAGUCACCGCCCUGGCUGCUUUCCAAAGGAAGAGUAGACGAAGCAAGAGAAAUCUUCAUCUGGCUCAGAGGAGACGAUGACCAGCAACUAGAUGAACUAGAAAAAAUGAUAGCUGCACAGAGAAUGAUUCGAAAGUCCAGCGUCGUCGAUGAGAAUAUGUCUUUGGGUGCAAAAAUAUCAAGAUUCUUUAGCUAUCUGGGGAAGACUAUAAAGAAGCCGGAAUUUUACAAGCCCAUCACGAUCAUGGUGUUCCUGUACGUGAUGUUCCAGUUUGCUGGUAUCAAUGUGAUCAGUUCUUACACCACCGAUAUCAUCCACCAGGUGGUCGGUCCUGAUGCUAAUGCUAACGCCAUCAUGGUGGCUCUAGAUAUAGAACGAUUAGUUUGCAACAUUCUCGCCGUGUUCCUGAUGAAGACCAUGAAGAGAAGAACCUUAUUGUUUAGCACCGGCUUAAUCUGUAUUCUAUCGUACAUCGGGAAAGGAGCAUACGUGUACGCAAAACAGAACGAUAAGUUACCAUUCGACAACCAGUGGGUCCCAAUAGGUCUGAUAGGUAUAUACAUGUUCUCAUUAACUGUUGGUAUAUCUUCCAUUCCGUUCGCGGUUUCCGGAGAGAUCUUCCCGCUGGAGUACCGCGGGUUAGGCAGUGGUAUUAGUAUCCUAGGGUUAUCUCUGAACUUCUUUGUGGCACUCAAGUGUUUCCCGGUGCUGACCGGUGCUAUAGGACUAUCAAAUACGUACUACUUGUACGCGGGUGUUGUCACAUUGUGUAUGGCUGUUGUCUGGGUGAUGUUGCCAGAGACGAAGGGCAAGACUCUUCAGGAGAUCGAAGACAGCUUCCGAGGAAUAUCGCCAGCAGACAGCAAGAGCGCAGAGCCCUUAAACGGGAGGGCUAACGGAGAGAUGAUGCGUAGAUGUAGUUCUGUUAUUAUUUAUUAAAUGUUAUUGAAAAUUUUAAUUCAUAGGUUGUAUGAAGGAAGACAUUGUAUACUUAAGCUGCUCGAUUUUUGUCGAUGAUUUCAGAGCAAAUUUAUAUGAAAGCCUACACGGGGCUAAUUGUGAUACAUAGUUAUUUGGAAUAACCAUCUGUGUACUAAAAAUGUAUUAGAUUUUUAUAUAUGAGGUAUAUAAUGUAAAGUCUUAAUAUCUACCAGACUAAAUGUAAGUUAUAAGAUCAACAGUUUUCUGCCAUCACCAUGAUGUUACGAAAAUAUACUUGAUAAGAUGAAGACCUGCUAAGUACUUAAGUUUCGUAUCGUCCAAGCCGAUCUAUUGAGAAGCUGCAAACAAAUACUAUCAGAGUAUCUUCACUCAUUAUCACUUGUUAAGACAACUUUAGUUAAGUUAACUAUGUUUACGUAAUUUAUGAAUUCUAUUAUUAAAUCUCAGUUAAGUUCAAAAUAAAACAAUUUUUUAUUCACA